AUGGUUGGAAUGGGCGCCGGAGUUGGAGGAGGAGAAGGGGGAUGGACGCCAGAGAUGGAGGCGGAGCAGAAGGGAGCCGGAGAUGGGUUUUCUUUGAAGGAGUGUGGGAAAUUCAUGGCUAACACUAAAAACCUAGGGAAUCCAAGGAAAAUGGUGGAAUCCGAACAAGCCCCCUCGAAUGCUCCUGCUGCUGCUCCAAUCUUGCUGCCUGCUGCUGCAACUGCUUCAAACCCAGGAGAUUCAUCGCUUCCUCAACGUGAAUCUCAGCCCGUGAAGCCCAAGCUGAAACGAAUUCCUAAACAAGUGGUUAAAAAAUUUAUGGGACCCUACAAAUGUUGGACUUUAUCAUCUUCAUCUUCAAAGGGAUCUCCUCCACCUGCCACUACAUCGCCUCCUGCUGCAUCAGGGAAGGGAGUUGCUGCAUCAACUCCAACAGCUGCUUCCACUCGCACUCGUGCCCAGCAAGCAUCUAUCAAGAAGGAACUUCGCACAAAACGAAGCUAUGACAAACUAGCUCCUCCAGCCAAGAAGCUGAAAUUGAAUCCCCCCUCGGUUUCUUCAAGUUCUGAAGAAGAAGAACCCAUGGAGGAUCCCUCCAUUCUGAAAAACCAAAUCUGA